UUGACGUCGAUAUAGAAGAAAUGCAGCAAAGUUGAUGUGUAUAUAUAGAGGAGGGAGAUGAGAUGUAAUCAUAGAGCAAGUGAGAACUGAAAAAGAUUGUGAAAUGGGUUGUAUGCGUAUAUCAGUAGUAGCAGUGUUGUGUGCAUUAGUGAUGCAUGGAGUGUCAUGUGCAGAUUUGAGUUCAACUUACUACGACACAACAUGCCCUCUGCUAUAUUCCAUUGUCUAUGGAGUCAUCAACCACACUUACAUCACUGAUCCCCGCAUUGCUGCCAACCUCAUCAGGCUUCAUUUUCAUGAUUGCUUUGUUCAAGGUUGCGAUGGAUCAGUUUUGCUGAACAACAGCGAUACUAUAGAAAGCGAACAAGAUGCAACUCCAAAUCUCAAUUCACUAAGGGGUUUUGAUGUGGUGAAUAACAUCAAAACAGCGGUGGAAGAUAGUUGUCCAGAGACAGUUUCUUGUGCUGAUAUUUUGGCUAUUGCAGCUGAAGUAGGUUCUGUUCUGGGAGGAGGUCCAUCAUGGCCAGUUCUACUAGGAAGAAGGGAUAGCUUAACAGCAAACAAAACCCUUGCUGAAACAAACCUUCCAGCACCACACUUCACAGUUUAUCAACUUCAACAAUCUUUUGCUGCUCAAGGUCUCAACACCACUGAUUUAGUUUCACUCUCAGGUGCACAUACGUUUGGACAAGCACACUGCAAAAAUUUCAUCAACAGAUUAUACAAUUUCAACUACACUGGAAGUGCUGAUCCAACUCUGAAUAGAACUUACUUGGAAGCAUUGAGUAAGAAAUGCCCAGUAGAUGCUACUGAGGAUAACCUCGCCGAUUUGGAUCUGAUCACUCCUAAUCAAUUCGAUAACAAAUACUACUCCAAUCUUCAGUACCAGAAUGGCCUGCUUCAGAGCGACCAAGAACUCUUCUCCAGUUCAGAUGCCGAUACCAUUGACCUUGUGAAUAGCUUCAGCAGUGACCAAAGUGUUUUCUUUGAGAACUUUGUAGUUUCAAUGAUAAAAAUGGGUAGUAUUUCAGUGCUGACAGAAGAUGAAGGAGAAAUUCGGUUGCAGUGUAAUUUGGUGAAUGAAGACUCAUCUGGUUUAGUUGGUGUGGCAUCCAAGGCUCCAAAACAGAAGCUCGCAGCAUAGUUAAGCUGAUGGGAAUGUGCUGUAAAGGCAAAAGGUUGUAAAUGUAGUGUGCAUGGAAAAGCUAUUUUGUCAUGUACCUCUUGCCCUACCUUUUCUUUCUCGUCUUGCUUGCUUUCUUUUCAUGGCUUUCUCCUUAUGCUUGUUUCUCUUUUUCUUUUAUUCUUUGUUUUCUAUGUAUGGUUUGGGACAAUCCUUUUACAUUUUUUGAUAAAUUUAUGAUUAUGAAUAAAAUCCACUUUGAUGAAUCUCA